UGUUUUCGUGUGAUUGUAGGAGGUCAGUGAAUCCAGCUCCAACAGUAAUCUCUCCGUGGCGAAGACCAGACCCACCAGUGAGAUGAACGGCCAGUCACCAUCGCACCUUAAGGUUCAGAGAAGCGUCUCCUCCAGUGACUCCAGAAAAUCCCGACGCCACAGUGAACAAGUUGGUGUGGUCGCUAAUUCUGCGUUGAGUAACUCCAAGAAGACGGUUCCUGUCACAGCUGACGGGGACGUCAAACAGGAAGGGGGGGUCACAGCACGCAAGCCGCCCAAUCACAGCCCUCCCAGUCCACUCCUGGGUAACGCCAACAACCCCAACAAAACAGAAAUACCUGACCGCAAGAGAGGAAACUCCAUCACACCGAAUAAUAACUCUGGAUCGGGGGGCAUGUCGAGGAGAAACACGUACGUGUGCACUGAGAGAAACAACACAGACCGCCUUUCUGUCAUUCCUAAUGGGAAGGAGAACAGUGUGACGUUGUCUCCUGGCUCUCGGGACCCGGGUGCCUCCACGCACAGCAUCAGCACUGCUGCCACACCUGAUAAAACGCGUUUCCCACGAGGCUCGGCGAGCCGCAGCACCUUCCACGGACAGCUGAGAGACCGCCGCACGGCCACCUACAACGGCCCCCCCGCCUCCCCAACGCAGCCCCGCAGCCGCGGUAAUGCCAACAACCUGCUCACCAAGCUGACCUCCAAACUCACGCGCAGAAAUAUGUCAUUCAGGUUUUCCAAAAGGUAGGACAUCGGGUUCAUGGGGUGUAAAUCUGUCUUUUAAUGUAAUGAGAGGAGUCCAGGGGCUGACGCACUAACCCAUAGUGAUAUGAUUGCAGUGAUUUGGAGUUUAAUGCUCUCUCAGUGGUUGAUUACAGCAUGCUUUAAAACACUGCCUGCAUCCUAGUGUGACCAGAUCAAAUCAGUCUGCCGCUCUUUAACUGAUUGCUACUAAUCAAAAUGUUUGCAUGAAACGAGCUGAUUGUGCAAAACAAUGUGUGUGACUUAAUCUGACGUCGCAAAAACACUUCAUUUGAAGCAUUCAGCCGAAUUCACAAGGGCUUCGGUGCAUUCACAGCUGUACAGGGUUUAGAGAGAUCCUGGAAAAACAUUGCAAAUUUACUGCAACACUGUGUUUCUUAUUUUUUUUUAAUAAAAAAAGGCAUUGAAUUGCAAUGCUUUUCAAGAAUUUAGUA